CCAUCCUCGACUCCUGCAACAGCUCCCAACCUCGACUGCACCGUCGUCCAUGUAGUCCUAGUCAUGUCAAUCCCAGGGCUAGGGCAAAUACCGACGCAGACCGUCACCUCGUCCACACGCGUCGUCACCCUCAAGCCCGCCUGGGAAUGGAAAUUCCAGGUGCCUGUCGGCCGCAGCCUGUCGCUCAAGAUCCUCUCCGGUACCGCUGAGAAGGACGGCAUCGAGCUCGCCCCGCGAAACGUCUACAACCUCCCCGGAGGGACCGCGUCCAAGAUCCUCACGUGGCACGGCUGCGAGCUCGAGAUCGAGGGGGGCUCGGACAAUGGAAGCGACUCUGUCGCCGAGUACGCGACACCGGCGGCGAACCCGGCGAACGCACAUGUGAACCUACACGCGCGACUCAGCGAGCUACGCGCCGCCGCUGCGCGCGAGGGGAGGGAGGGCCCCCGCGUGCUCAUCACAGGGCAUCGUGGUACCGGCAAGACGGCCCUCACGCGCACGCUGACGAGCUACGCGACGAGGCAGGGCGAGCAGCCCCUGACGGUCAACACGGACCCGCGCGACGGGAUGCUUAGUCUGCCGGGGACCCUGAGCGCGGCUGUCUUCGCGACGGUCAUGGACCCGGAGGCAAGGGACGGCUGGGGCGGCACGCCGACGAGCGGGCCCAGCGUUGUGCCCGUCAAAUUACCGCUCGUCUACUUUUACGGGCGCGCGGACGUAGAGGAGGAGCCCGACUUUUACAAGGCGCUCGUGGGCAGGCUGGCCGGCGCAGUCAGCGGGCGGCUGAGCGAGGAUCCCGACGUGCGCAGCGCAGGAGUCUUGGUGGAUGGGACGGGGUUGAGCGAGGAUAAUGCCGUCGGCAUGGACUUGCUGGCCCACGUCGUCGACGAGCUUUCCAUCAACAUUGUCGUAGUGCUUGGAUCGACUCCUCUUCAUGCUGAACUGGGCAGGCGUUUUUCGAGCGAGAGAACGAGCUUGGGCGAGCCCAUUCAGGUGGUAGCAUUGGACCGCUCGGACGGCGUGGUCGAGCGUGACGAAUCCUUCGCCGAGCACAUCCGAGAACAAAUAAUCAAGGAGUAUUUCUUUGGCGACGCGAAGCGUACUCUGAGCCCGCAGAUCCAGCAGGUCGAUUUCGACAGCCUGAUUAUUUACAAGGUGGCUGACGAUUCCGCAGAGGCGCAGGGCCCGGACAUGCUCGUGCGGGAAGAGCCGUCUUCUCUGAUGCAGCACUGGACACUGGCGGUGAUGCAUGCCGCCAACAAGGACCCGGCGGAAACGGUUCGCGCAGCGAGCGUCAUGGGCUUCGUGUAUGUGUCCGAUGUGGAUGAGGAGCGGCGCAAGGUCAAGGUUUUGGCGCCGAUUGGAGGCAGAUUGGGCGAUAGGCCCCUCGUAUGGGGUCGGUGGCCGGAGCCGUACAUGAACCUUUUGGGGUAGAUGCGCCUCGUCGUGUCUGCGAAUGUAGGUGCUUGUGGAUCUAACGGAUGUGCAUUGGCAAUGAUGCCCCUAUUAUGGAUUCGAAAAAUAUUCCAUAUUGUAAUGGCAAUGAUAAUCAGGUUGUAGGGACAGGGUUAUUGACUUUGACCGCUUUGCGAGCCGACCGCACCCUUCAGGAGGGAGGUUCUAUUCAGCAGAUCGUCGGAAGGACAAUCGCGAGACCCGGUGGCCAUGAGGUAUGACAUGUCAGAGGCCCCAGAUAGGCCAUCAUAGUGCCGCUAGCUUAGGGAUGCCUUCAGGACUGUAAAAUG